GAUACUGACCUUAAGUCAAGAAAGCACAAUCUGAAAGAACAAUUGUUCUAUUUCUGCUCAUUUUAAUUAAAUUAUCUUCACUUCAUAACAAAAAGUUGAUUGUAGGUGAAUGUAUGUAAAUUCUUCCAGUGAUUCUAGUUUAAUUUAUUCUGAGUCUCUUUUCAUCAUCAGAGCAUUAAGGACUGAAUGACGUGGGUGUGGUCUGCUACUUCCUCAAUGUUUGCAGCUCAGAACUGACAGCUUUCAUCGGGAAACAGUCGGUUAACUCUGAUUAGUUAGUUUGAUCUCUAAAGAUGUCGACAGAAACUGAAGAUUUGAGAGUGAAAUUUAGCAAAAAUCUUUAUCAAAAAAGAAGAGGACAAAGUGAGGUGGAGAUGAUGGAGGAUGAAGAUCAGAUCUAUGAAAAUACAGUACAACAAACUGGUGAGAAGAAAAACUUCACAAAAAAAAAACAGGAGCAGAAGAAUCUGAAAGCCAAGUCAAGAAACUUUCCAGGAGGUUUCAAGUUGUCUUUGGGAGUUUUCCUUUUUCUGCUUCUGGCUGGACUCAUUGCACAAUAUCUUCUUUGGUCUUUGGAAAACAAAAAAAUGCAGACUCAACUUUCAGACAUGGCCGUCAAAAACAGUCGUUUACAGGAUGAAAUGAAGCAACUGAAAGAUGACAAUGGAGACAUGACUGUCAAAAACAGUCGUUUACAGGAUGAAAUGAAGCAACUGAAAGAUGACAAUGGAGACAUGACCGUCAAAAACAGUCGUUUACAGGAUGAAAUGAAGCAGCUAAAAGAUGACAAUGGAGUCAUCAACAAAACUCUUUUGGAUGAAAUAAAACAGCUAAAAGACAAGAUCGAAGGUAAAUGGUGCCCUGAAACAUGGAUGAGAUUUGGACUCAACUGCUACUAUAAAUCCACUGAGGAGAAAAAUUGGAUUGACAGCAGGAGUUUCUGUCGGUAUGUAGGAGCUGAUCUUGUGGUCAUCAACAGCAAAGGGGAACAGGAGUUUGUUUCUAAAUUGAAUCCGAAUAAAGAAUCCUGGAUUGGUUUGUUUGCUGAAUCGUCACCACAGACACAGAAAUCUGAAUGGAAAUGGGUCGAUGGAUCACUGCAGACAGAAGCGUUCUGGGAUGAGACGUUUGCAGAUCUGCCAUACGACUACUAUGCAGUGUCCUUGAAUACUGAAGGGAAAUGGACAAACGUGUACCAAACAAAAUACAGAAACUGGAUCUGUGAGAAAUAAAAUGUAUUCAUCUUUGUUAGUGAUCUGUGCAGUGAUUUUAGUAUUCAGUAAUGUAACUAUAAAAUUUUAUUAUCUUGUGUUUUUAUAUAUGAUUGUAUUUACUAGUACACAUUAUAACUUAAAGGAAGCAAUUUGUUUGUGAAUUAUUCAACAACUUAUCACAUUUAAAA